AUGGGUAGCAAAUAUGAAGAAGUACGCCAGGAACUCGAUUCUUUUGGCUAUAUACAGAAAUUGGUUCCUGAAUGUGUUCCGUUGGUUCAAAAACUUCUACUUGAUUUAAAAAUAACCACUGAAAAUCUGGAAAAGUACAUGAAAAUAUCGCAGAGGGCUUUGGAUGAAAAAGACUCUUUAGAACUCGGGGUUGAACCUUACAAGUGCGAUAAUGGGAAACUUAUCAAAGAAUGUAAUGAUUUGCAUAUGGCAUUCAUAAACUUUAAAGAACAGCAUGAAAAAAUGCGUCGAGGUAAGAGUGCCACAAAGGACCCUCAAAUAAAUAAUAAGAAGGAAGGAGGCAGUUUUCGUUUAAGUUCAGAUAUGGCAGUAGCUGAAGCAAAAAUAGUCCAGCUAAAUAAAGAAUUGAAAGAUUUGGCAGACAAGCAUUUGAGGCUAGUAGAAGAUAAUGCUGUACUGAACAAUAAGUUGAAAACUCGGGACGAUGAAAUUUGUCGACUUCAUUCUCUAGUAGAAGGUGGUAGAACUUAUGCUUCUGCAAAUAAGGACUGUUGCUUUAAAAAUAUUGAUGGCCAAAUAGUUGUUUUACAAGAUGAAAUAACACAAUUGAAAAAAGAACGAAAAAAUUUACAGUUGGAAAAUCAAGAGGCUUUAGCAAAGCAACAUGAGGCAAUGAGAAGAGCGCUUCAUUUGGCAGGAAGAAAUCGACAAUUAGAAAAGGAACUGAGAGAUGUUGACCAAAUCGCUUUGGCGGUUGAAGCUGAAUGUAAUAGUACUGUUAAGGAUAAUACGGAAAAAGUGGCCAGAUUGCAGGAUCGAAUAAACGAGUCUCUAAUCCUAAUCCAAACUUUAGAAAGAGACAAUACUAGUUUAAAACAAACAAAGUUAGAACUCUCAGCUGAAUUAAACUCCGUUAAAUUAGAAAAGCAUAAUUUACAGAAGCAACUGGAAAACGAAAUUGAUAAUAAGAAGGAACUUACUGAUAAGAUUAACUCAUUUACUGUGAUUGAAAAUGAUCUGAAUUUGGAAAUAGAUCGACUUUCAAAGCUCAACAGCGAACAAAAAAGAAAGAUCGUCGAAUUGGAAUCUCAAGUUGAAAACCCAAAAAUCCAAGACAAAAAGAAAAAUUCAAAGGUGGUAUGUUUUGAACCCAGUGUAAAACAAGAUGGCAUGUCAAAACAAAAGUCUUCUACGCUGAAUGGCAAGAAAUCUUGCGGACAUAAAAAAAACAGCAAAAAAGCAAGCAAUUCUCCUCCAUUGAGAAAUCUAUCGCCAUCAAAAUUGGACAGUGGUCAUCAAACGGACUUCACAGAGGCUAUGCAAAAAUGCUGUUGCGAUUCCGGUAACUGCAUUAAAAAUCUAAAAGAACUUCUGGAUAAAGAGAUUGAAUAUCGACAGGGUCAUACAAAACAAGCUUUGGAUGAUGUUAAACAAGAAAAGGACUUUUAUAUGAAAGAAUAUCACAAGGUUUUGGAACAAAUUAGAAAUGUUCCCAGCUAUGAGAUAUCCGAAACUGGUAUUACACAAUUAAAACAACAAUUAAGAGAUAAAGAUAAUAAGAUUAAACAAUUGGAAAAUGAAAUCGUAAUACUUAAAGUAGAACAAACAAGACGUAACAGUGAGUUGCAAGGCUUAGUAGGUUUCUCGCCUUGCAAUAAUCCAAAUUGCAAAAGUAAAGAAAGAGAAAUGGAGGUAAAGUCGAGAGAACUGAGUCAUCUUAACCUAGAAAAUGAAGCACUUGCAGCCAAAUUACGAGUCAACUGUAAAACCACUUUUUUGCAGUCAAUCAAUGAAGCUGCCAAUUUCAAUGAAGAAAAAGUGAAAAGCGCUUUUAAAGAAAUGGAAGAGCACAUACGAAAAUUAGAAGAUGAAAGAAGAGAUUUAGUAAAAGGUGAAAUAACCCAACGUUCAAAUAUAUCUCAUUUAGAAGACAACUAUAGGAGAGUUCAGGAACAGCUAAAGCAAACUCAAGCGGAACUUAACUGUCAGCGUGCUUCUUACGAACAACUGAAACAGAUCCAUGAACAAGCUGAUCGCUCUCUAUCCGAUGUGCAAGCGCAGUUGAUAAAGGUGGAGAAAGAAUUAGCCAGCUAUAAAAACAAAUGUAGAGAUUCCAAUAGAGAUGCUUCCAAUCAGGAUAUGCAAAUAGCAACACUAAAGUCUGACAUUCAGUUAAUGAAAAACCAAUUGACAACAAUGGACAGGCAGAAGGAUGCUUUGGCACAUGAUCUGGAUACAAAAAUGGAUAAAAUAUCUAGUCUAGAAGACGAACUGGAUAAGAAGAUCAAGAUGGUGUCCAAGCUAGAAAGCCUAGUAAAAGAUCUUAAUAAAAAAUUAAGGUAA